GACAAUGAUCGCAUUCACGCCCUGGCCUAGCACGUGCCCAGGUGCCCAGGUGCCUAGGUAGAUCGAUCAACAACUUGAUGUUGUUGCAUUCUUCACUCAUAGAGCCAUCUCAUAUUAUAUCAUGCGUAGGUAAUCAAUCAUGUAGCUCGGCUUGCCAUUUAUUAUUAUUCUGUAUCAAUCAACACCAACGAACCAUUUCCAUCCAUUCUCUCAUCUCUUCUCCUCUGCUCUCCUCUGCUCUUCUCCUCUCACCGCAAACAAGCACCUCCAAGCACCUCCAACCACCACAACCACUCCUGCUACACAACUGCAAUGCUCCAAUAACCAUCGACCAAUACAUCCCCUGCCUCGCCUUCUCUUCCAAAUCCUUCACCGCACAUAAGCCACUUCGAGCUCCAAAGACCUCUGGAGCUCAGUUUGACUGGCUCUGAUAAAAAAGAACCAUAGGGAGCUCGCCACGAAAACUCCAUAGAGUCGAGAAAAGCAUUGACAACACAGCAUUUCAAUCUCUUUUAUCAUCAUCUCACGUAUCCAUACGAGUAAAAAAGCCCAUGUAAUGCAGCAAUUGCUUCUUUCUCCCUACUCCUCCCAAUACUGGUAAUACUUGCGAUUUGAAAUUAAGAACAACAAUGUCUUGUCUUUGUCUUUUCCAAUCCUGAGGGAGAGAUUGAGAUUGAGAUAGAAAAGUAUCCACCCGCCACCCAUACACAAACCAUGACCGCCACUGGAACGCCGUUACUUGUGCGAGAUGCAUCAACCCCUCACAAGCGUCCUCACACAACUUCAAAAUCUUCCUCAAAUCCCCACAACUCAACCUCAAGCUCAGGCUUCAAUCAAAAUGUGUCUCUGAAUCCGAAUACCGAUAACAAUAACAAUAGACGUCACUCGCUUCCACUUCAUUUUCUUCCUCCAAGUUUAUGGACAUCUAAUACUUCAACUGCCAGUCUCGUUGAAUCCGAAGAAGCUGCCCGUGGUGAACAUAUCCUAGACGAAGCUAAGGUUGCAAAUCGUCUUGCAGCUCUUCGUUCUCUCAACGGCGCGAAUCGAUCUGAUCAUCGUUAUGCGAAAUCCACUGGAGAAACAUUUAAUCAACCGGUGAUUGUGCGGACGUACUCGGGAGCCAUUCGACCUCGCUCUCAACAACGAGAUCCUAUCGCUGUCAAGAAACAGAAUGGAACAACGGGAAUAGCGUCAAACAAAAUGGAUAUGAAGCUUCCGCCAGUGGAAGCUUUCAGCUUCAAGGGGAUUAUGGAUGAAAUAAAACAUGGUGUUAGUGAUGAUUUAGAAAGGAUCGCCGAAAUAUGUGCAAGAAGCAAGUAUAGUUUGGCAAAUCAGCAUGAAUUCCACCAUCCCCCUCAUGGGUCUGGGGAUCGCAUACCACAAAUUGGUAUUGUCUCCGGGACAGAUUUAGGUGUACCGACAUUACAGGCCGUUGAACCGGAUGAAGUUUCUCCAAGACAAUUAGCCAGGAGCUCAAGAGGAAGUCGAAGGGGGAAAUCUGCCGCUUAUGGUACACUAGAGACCAUUAUAUCAUCAUCAAGGUCUUCUGAUGAAGACAAAUCCAGAAAGAAGCCUGCCGCUGUUUUGGAAGACGAGGUUCGUGGAAGAGCAACAAGUAAGGAGGUUGAAGUAUCACCUCCAAGUCCCGUUGUGAUAAUAGACGCUGCGGUCCCAGAAGCUGUCUCUGAAAGGAGCCCUGCCUCCAAGCAUGCCAGGCCAAGAUCUUCCACAUUCGCAUCCAUGAUUAUAGACAAUGCCCAAAGCUUCAGGCAGGAACAUAAACCCCAAGUUUCAUCUCCCACCUUACUUCUAAGCGAACCCGCUCGACCUCAAACCUCUGCUGCGGACCUUGAACACAUGCCUGCCCUUGAUGAACUUACUCCUGAUCAGCCCUCCACUUUCCAUGAGUUGGCAAUACCAAAGCCCACUUUAAUACGCAAUGAGUCAAUAGCUUCUACACUGAGACCUGAGAACUCGCAGAGAUCGUCUAUACUCGGUAGUUUGAGUUCAUGGCUACCCUGGAGUAAACCACCUAGUCCAGUGCGAACUUUUCAAGGCAGGGCGAGAAGUGGAUCGCAUGCAGAAGGAAGUUUGAGAAACUUAUUGAGGUCUACAGAAAUAGCUAGAAAGGGCAAAAAUGUUAACAGCAUUCCUUGAAUGGGGCCAUGACAUGCGGAAAGGAUCCUGACGAAUUGUUUGCUUUUCAGUCCGAUGUAUGAUUAGCUACAGGAAAGGAAAUAGACCAAAGCUGUAGGAACCUUCUAGCCUAUUUAUAUGCAUCAAAAGUACUCCGAAAGUCGUGCAUGAUUUGCUAGCACUGGUAUAAUAUGUCUCGAUCUCCCCACGAAUUUUGGUCCAAGGUCGUCUUUCGCGUCGCAAUCCAUACCAAGAAAAUUGCCAAAUUGCCAAAUCGCCAAUUACGAGCCAGAUUCAUCUAUUCAAUUUUGGACGAUGGUUAAUAACGUGAAUCA